GGCGGCGGUGUGCAGAUAUGCAAGAAGUCGUUUUCCGGUGAACUUCCGGUCCCUCGGCGCACGUUGUCCUUCCGCGGUUUUGUGAAACGACGAGCAUACGAGCAACUGUGUCGGCUUUUAGAAAAUUAAGACAAAAUGAGCAAAGCCCAUCCACCAGAGUUGAAGAAGUUCAUGGACAAGAAGCUUUCAUUGAAGCUGAAUGGAGGCAGACACGUGCAGGGCAUCCUGCGUGGGUUUGACCCCUUUAUGAACAUGGUGCUGGAUGACUCCCUGGAGAUGGGCCCAGGAGGACAACAGAACACCAUCGGCAUGGUGGUCAUCAGAGGAAACAGCAUCAUCAUGUUGGAGGCCUUGGAGAGAGUAUGAGAGGAGACU